GUGGCCGCCUGCAAGCACUACCAUGCGCAAGGGUUGGAGCAGUGGCGCGGAUACUUCCUCUUGCUGAUCCACCGCGUGGCGCUGGGUCUGUACAUGGUGAAGCGUCGCGACCUUGACGUCUUAGAGACCGUGACAGACAUCACGACCUCUAUCUUGGAAAGAAGGUGGUGGUGGGCUGAGCAUGUGCGGGCGGGCGUCCCGCCGCCAUGUCAGCAGGCUCGCACGAUGUCCUUUCGACUGCAAGUGGCUCUGGAGUUUGACCCUGCUACAUGGAGACAAUCUGCAGAAGGCAUGCUCUCGGAGAUGAAGAUAGUCUUGGCGCACCUAGAGCAGAGCCGGAACGUGUACA